AGCCGUUCCUCGCUCUGUGAAGAAGCCAGUUUCAGCAGAGCAGAUCUGCUGCAAUGGAUUCGCCACCUCCAUCUUCCAGGGUGUAUGAGAACAUUUUCCAGUCGUUGCCAAUUAUCCAAAAUGCAGCUCCACCAUCACCUCCAGAGCCUUUGUCCUGGCAAGAUGACGUGGGACUAAGCCUUUGCUUCGUAGCCAUUCUCACCUUGACUGCUGUGGCCAAUGUGUUUUUCUGCAUUCCGAGACGCUCAGACCCGGCAUCGCCCGCCGCUUCUGAGGGGGUCUCGGAGGCGCAACAGGGACUUCGACAGAAGGAGGGGCGGGUUGACACCCAUGCGCUGACCGGACUUAGAGGAUUUGCGGCCUUGCAUGUUGCUCUGGGUCAUUAUUGCGCGAUCUCGCCGGUCCAUGUGGACUUGAUUGGUGGUGCUUCCAUGAGUUUCUUUUACCUCCUGUCUGGCUUUGUCAUGACUCUUGGUUAUGCGAAAGAUUUAGUAGCAGCUGAUAGUAGCAGCAACCUCGCCAACUUUAACAAGCGGCGCUUUUGGCGAAACCGAUUUGCUAGGCUUUUCCCAAUGUACAUGCUGACAAACAUCGUGUACUUUCUGGUCCUCCACUUCAGUUGGCAGGGUCCGGGGAUGCUUUCAUCGACAAACUUUGACUGGAACCUGGCCUUGACUUUCUUGGGAUUGAACAUGUGGAUCUAUCCUUUGGAUGCCUGGCUGCCUACAGAUGCCGUGUGCUGUCAACAUCAGGUAGCUUUGCCAAGCAAUUUUGUUACCUGGACGGUGCAGACGAUGGCAGUGUUCUACAUUGUAUUUCCUUACAUGCUCCCUUGGCUGAAAGCGGUGAAGAGACGCCGACUUGUCAUCCAUAUGCUCUUCUGGCUGCAAGCCGUGACUUUCCUAUCCAUAGUCUCAUUCGGAGUUUUCGCACUGAAGAACUUCAAUGUGGGUUACUGGAGUGCUCGGGCUUGGCCUUUGAGCCGUAUCCCUGUCUUUGCCAUGGGAUGCCUUGCAGCAGUGGAGCGAAUUCAUGGUGGAGGCCAUGUGACCUGCCGCUUUCGCACUGCCGAUGCUGGCGGUGAAGCCAGAAGAUGGGGUUGGCGUGCCUCCGUGCUGGGUGCAUGCUAUGUCCUCAUCCUGACUGCCGGUGUGGUACUGAACGAGGUUCCGGUCAAAUCUGCCACUUUUGCACGACUGCGUGACCCUGUCAUUCGAUCUCUUUUGGAGGCACUGGUGCCACUCUUGUUCAUCGACCUCAUUUUGGCAUUGACCCAUUGUGGAGAGAGUGGCAUCCUGGCCCGUGUUUGCCGGAGCAAGCCCAUGGAAUGGAUGGGAGACAUUGCAAUGUCUUUCUACAUGGUUCAUUUCAGUGUGAUUCUGAUUGUAUCGAUGUUUGUGCCGCAACACUUGCAAGCCGUCUCUUGGUGGAUGGUCGUGGGAAGCUUUGCGCUGGCGAUGCUCCUGGGAUGGUUGUUGACGAGAUUCUUUGAAGAUCCUUGCAGAAAGUGUUUGAGGGCUUAGGCCCAUGAUGCGAAUAGUUGCAUGCCAGAAGGGACUCAGACCAUGAGCCAGUGGUAAGUAUGCAAGCUCAGGCUGUUGAUCCCAUGUCAAAUUGCGCCUCAGAGCAACGAUCAACGCGUCACGUUUUGGUAGCGACUGCCCGGCUGAUCUGCAAUGCUAGCAAGUUUGGGUGAUGGUCAAAUCUCCCCUUCUCUCUAUAUAGGUCCUCAGCAAUUUGAAGAACCAGGAUCUUGAUCACUGCUUGUCCAGAAUCAUUUGGCAUCGUUUGUAUUUCAAAGCAGACCGCAUUUUGGCAUGAAGCUGGAGCUGAAGCUAGAGUGUAGCCCUGUUUCACCAGGUUGCCAGGACCAGGGAAACCAAGAGGUUCACUCUUUGGCCAGAUGGGACAGCUCAGUCCUCGCAAAACAGCUCAGCCCUUCUACUCAUCAGGGAACGAGCAAAGACAAUUUGGCAAUGUCAUAGACUGUUGUGUUGGUCAGGCCCAGACAUUGUCAGCUGUGAUCUUAAGUGUGGCGGCUGAUGGCAAUGCCUUGAAUGCCAACGAUAUGUCAUGUUGCUUUCAGCCAUCCAUGUAGUCGCUUGUAUGGGUGGUAAAUAGGCAGAGAGCCAGCAACUUUUCAGUUCCCAACAGCUUUUUGCUGGAAGUAUGAAAACUCCAAGUUGAUCAUAUAAAGGCGAUGAGCACAAACCUCAACGGUUAUUCAGACUUCAAUGCAACAGGAAUGGAAAAGAACAAAGAAGAGGAAGAAGAAAUGAUCACCACAGGAGAAGGAAUGGCAUGCUGAGUCAGCAAGUCAAUACAAGUGCUGAAACCUGUACGAGAUGCACUCUCGCCUCGCUUCAUGAGCGAACCCUGAAGCUUGACACGCACACAGACACACGAUAGAUC